AAUUAUGCGGCAAAACGAAAUAAAUAUAAAAUAAAAAUAUUAGUCUCACCAUCAUGAGAAUGAGAAUGUGGUUGAAAGAAAAUAGGUAGCCAUCAUUGAUAACCACCGAGAGGACAAAAUAAAAGCAAUUGUUAGACAUUAUAUGAAAAGACCGGCCCACAUCAUCAACUAGAUACGGUCUGACCCGACCCGACCCGAAUCCCAAUUUCCACAUACAGUGUGCUGGCACUACUAGUCUCUCCGCUGAAAGUGUACCGUUGAGAGUCGAGUCGAGCCACAUUGGAUCCUUCAAUUCAACAAAGUUUUCAGCAACUUCAGUGUAUGGGACCAGGGGUAGGGAGGUCUUUGUUUGAUACAUGGACCAAAUCCCACUUGGAUUGAGGGACAUUUUGAUGCCUAUCCCAGAAUGAGAGGAAAUUCUAAUUUAAGCUCAACACCAAAUACAGAUUAUCAUACUUGCUGGUAGGCAGGUUAGGGAGGGCUUUGUUUGACAUUUUGAUGCCUAAUCUGUGAUGGAUUUAUGAGUUGUGAGAGAAAGUUCAGAUUCAAGCUCAACAGAAAAUACAUAAUUUUGUACUUGUCUGUAUUUUAAGUUGUUUAUCUUUUUUGGUCCUCGUACUCUGCUAUCUGCCACUACAUGAAUGUUCAAAUGGGUGAUGAUUCUGGGAAGCAACCAAGGCACCGUAAUCUAACCCCGCUGAGGAUGAUGAGGGGUAUUUUCUGUCUAAUUGUGUUAGUACUCUCUGCAUUUAUGGUGUUAGUGUAUUUUGGCUUUUGGACUGCUACUGGCUUGCGAAUUGUCAGUGUCCAUUAUAGCAGAGUGGGAACAUCCUUCUUUUUUGGAUGUUGGUUAGCUUUGUGGCCCUUUUGGUUUGAAAAGAUUAACAAAACCAAAGUGGUAAUGUCUGGAGAUUCUGUUCCACCUGCCAAACGAGUCUUAGUUAUUGCAAACCAUCGAACUGAGGUUGAUUGGAUGUACUUGUGGGAUCUUGCUUUGCGCAAGGGAUGUGUGGGUUCAAUCAGGUAUAUACUUAAGAGCAGUUUGAUGAAAUUGCCUGUGUUUGGAUGGGUUUUUCAUAUCAUGGAGUUCAUACCUGUUGAGAGAAGAUGGGAGGCUGAUGCAUUGAAGCUGCGUCAGAUUCUUUGCACCUAUAAAGAUCCUGAAGAUCCACUGUGGCUUGUUGUUUUUCCAGAAGGCACUGAUUUCACAGAACAGAAGUGCAUACGUAGUAAAAAAUAUGCUUCUGAAAACGGAUUGCCGAUCCUGAACAAUGUACUUCUUCCAAAGAGAAAGGGUUUUUAUGCAUGUUUGGAGGAAUUGAGAGGUUCCUUGGAUGCAGUUUAUGACAUCACAAUUGGCUACAAGCAUCAUUGCCCUUCUUUCUUGGACAAUGCUUUUGGGGUUGAUCCAGCUGAAGUUCAUAUGCACGUUCGCUGUAUUGCUAUUGCGGAUAUACCAGAAUCUGAAAAUGAGGCUGCUUCAUGGUUGAUGGAUACAUUCUGUGACAAGGACAAAUUGCUGUCUGAUUUUCAUUCACAAGGUCAUUUCCCUCGCGAAGGAAUAGAAAGUGAGCUGUCUACAGUCAAGUGUUUAGCAAACUUCAUCUUUGUGCUAACAUCGACUGCACUUUGUACAUAUCUAACACUUUUCUCGUCCAUUUGGUUCAAGAUAUAUGUUUCCUCUGUAUGUGCAUACUUGACAACAGCCACAUACUUCAACUUUCGACCUUCGCCCAUUGUAUCUUUAUGAAUGUAGUUUCCUUUUAUAGGGAGCCUUAAUUUAGUA